UUUUUGUUACGGUAAAGGAAGAGAUGCUCUUUUCCUGUUUUUGUGCAAUUGAAGUAUAAAAGGGGGGAGUUUCUGGAUCUCUUUCAGAUUAUAAAAGGUUAGUGCAUUUUAAACAGAUCACAGAUCCAAAGGCAGUACGACCAUCAUGCACUUCUUCCACAACCUCUUUGUUUUUUUAGCCUUGCUUGCAAGUGUCAGGCUGGAUGAUGAAGAUCCUGCACCACCCCCAGUGAAAGCCAAAGCUACACUGAGUUUGGGAGAGCUAUGGUUCUUCUCAGGGGAAGAUGUGCAGAUGACUUGCAGUGUCCCAGAUGACCCUUCAACCGAUUGGUCAUAUCAGUGGUUCCUGGAUGGUGUACUCUUGAGUUCCACAAACGUGUACAGUAUACAGAAGGCACGAGUCCAGCAAAGUGGAAACUAUACCUGUCAAGGACAGAAGCUGCUAAAAGAGUGGCCCUAUUCCAUGUUGACAAUUCCAAGCAACCCUCUUAAAAUAAAUGUUGAUGGUGGUUGGGUUCUCCUAAGAAUGCCAUUUGAGCCAUUAAUUGUUGAGGAAACUAUGACUCUGACCUGCCGUGUCCGUGAUGACCCCUUACUGUCAAAGGUGAUCUUCUACAAGGGUGAGGUGGAGGUCACGAAGCAGAAAAACAAAAAUCUGGUGUUUCCCAGCCUCAAGCUUGAGGAUAAUGGCAUGUACUCAUGCAGGGCCACAUGGGUUAAGAACCAGGAAUAUCAUUCUGCCCAGUCUGUGCCUUCUUCUGUGACUGUAUUAGAUAAAUUGGAGACUCCCAGGUUGGUGUUACUUGGAAGUCGCGGUUUGGUGAGGAGUGGGAACCAAGUGGUCUUCAGAUGUAUCACCAAAGUAAAUGCUAGAGAACAAGGCCUGAGUGUAGAAUACCACUACCUCAAAGAUGGCAACAGGCUAGGACCUGCUUCUGCCACAGAUACAUACGUCAUCGCACAGGUGAGCAAAGAUGAUGCCGGAGUCUACACCUGCAAAGUCCGAGUAAGGGCUCUGAAUGUGGUGAAGUGGUCUAAUGAGGUACGGCUGAAGGUCCUGCCCCCUGUGAACCUGUAGUCCACAGAAUAGCCAUGUUCCAGACCUGGAAUGCAUGAAGCAAGACACCUAUCAUCCAAGUUCUGCACUGUUUUAGAAUACUCUUGCAUAGUUUACUGUUUUCUGCCUUUCUUCCAUCCAUCUGUUCACAAUUUUGACCCUUAAAUGUAUCUUUUAUACUGGAUUGCGAUUAUGCAAAUUAUAUUUUGAAUCUGAGAUACCAUAUUUCAUCAUCUGUAAUUUUACAAGAACAGAGAUAGAGCCUUAAAUAUCAGUGUUCCUAUUUGAUUUUAAUACACAUGCAUGAUUGGCUGAUUUAAAUCUGAUAAAGCAAUACUUUUUUCUUUGGAAUAUAUGUGUAAUAAAUGAUUUUUUUUUUUUUUUACAAACUAUUAAUAAACACAUGAAACUGCUUCUA